AAAAGGAAGAAGUGCUUAUACUUUCUAUUUUCUUUCUUUUCUUCUUUCUGGGCAGACCAGUCAAUGCGUCAAAUAGAACGUUGUAAUUAAUGGCGAGAUUUUUACCGUGAAGGUUGUUGUCGGUUCACGCUAGCAAUGCGCCAUACAUCACUGUAAUUAACACUCGUCCCUCUAUACUCAAUCCUUCCUUGUCUCUCACCCCUCGCCAGGCUAUUGGCGGGGCAGCAGGUGAGACGAAUCGUUGAGAGGGGCAUUCGUUCAGGAUUCAAGAUAUGCCGUCGUUUUUCUUGUCUCGCAAUAAAUCUUCCGUGGCACUCUUCUGGUGGCCGCGCCUCGUUACACCCGUAACACAUUAUUGCACCCCAGGAAGCCGCUCCCAUCGCUGAGUAAUGGCUCACAUUACUCUGUGGCCUUGUCUCCGCGGCGCCACGGCACUCGGCGUGGAGUGGACGCUGGUGGCAGGGACAUCGCUGGCACUCUCACAGAACACCCAGCACAGGAGCAGCCAUGACUCUCCUCGCCGCCUCCCUCCCAGUAGUGCUGCUGAUGGUGGCGCCUCUCCUGCAGUGCGACGCCCUUCCUAAUGCAGGCCAGGCGCAGGACGCGGCACACUCACCACCGCCACUCCCGCUGAGGCAAGAACAGCGGCAGCGGGGAGCCAGAAAUUGAUGGAAAUAAGGACCCGGACGGCGGCGGCGAGGGAGCGAGGAUCAGGCGGAGACGAGGGACAGGUGAAGGUGUACACGCUGCAGAGGGGAGUGUGGACAGCGCCAUCUAUUGACAUCUAUCUUGCUUACAACUUCACGGAGCAAGACAGAACCAUAUCCUCCUUCACUGCUUGUUAUUGGAUCAGGGAGGAGCGAUUCAACAACCUGUCUCCUCACCUGUCCUACGCCCUCACUGACGAGAAGUCCAAUUACCUGCUCUUUGGUAACCAGGGGCAGAUCCUUCAAUCCUACCUGUACGGGCGCAUCAUGUCCUACGCUUCUGCGCAGGCGCCACUUUACCUGGAAGCCUGGACGCCCUUCUGCCACGUGGUGACUCCUGAGACCUACACUCUGUACUGCAGGGGGCGGGUGGUGGCAUCAGGCAGUUUGGACAGUCCCGGCAGCCUUCCCCUCAACGGCAGCUUCAUUAUAGGACAGGAACAAGACAGCUUCGCCGGGGGAUUUCACAGGGAGCAGGUCCUGCACGGGGACAUCGCGCAGCUUAACCUGUGGAGCCGCGCGCUGUCCAUCUCUGAAGUGAAGGCCCUGGCAAAGUGUCGCAUGCUGGGCAGCGGCGACCUCCUCAAUUUGGACGAAGACGAGCCAAUGGAGUUCGGAGACACAAACUUCACCUUUAUUGACUUUGAGGAACUGUGCAAGCCAUCCUACCGCUACCAGGUGAUGCCGGAGAUUCGCAAAUUCCAGGAAGCCUUCACGCUGUGCCAGGUCGUCAACUCGUCCCUGGCAGUCCCCGCCUCCCAGUACGAUGACCUGCGCUUCCACCAAGAGCUGCAGCAGUUUGAGGACGUGUGUCAGCCUGGAAGCAUCUACAAAUUCUACAUCGGUAUCACGGACGAGGAUCAGGAGGGCGUGUGGAAAGACGCCAACACUCAGAUAAGUAUAACCUAUAAGAACUUCAAGCCUGGUCAUCCUAGAGGCGGCAGCGUUCUUAACUGCGGCCAGGUGCUCCCUGACGGCCUGUGGAGUGACACCAGCUGCCAGACUGAGCUGUGCGGCACCUGCCACGUGGAGGCCACGGAGUUCCUUUACCUCCGCGGUCUCUGCUUCAAGGUGGACAACAUGAUGAAGUUCCGCCUCGGGGGCUACAUGGGUGGGCGUCCCGUGUUCCGAGGGUUCUACUUCUACGUGAUCCUGUGGGAGGAGAGCGGGCAGCGGUGGGAACUGCGGAACACUGAGACCAACGAGACUAUGGCCUGGCUCGUCCUGCUCGACCUGAAGCAGUACCCUAUCGGCCUGCACGUGUGGACGGCCGCCAUGCUGCUGUGCGGCAAGCCCCAGGGCAGCACCGUGCCCCUCAGCCUGUCUCCCUGCCCGGACGACAGGUUCAUGUGCAAGUCUGGCUUCUGUCUGGACCACGAGUAUCGCUGCAACUUCCGCUUCGACUGUCAAGACGGCAGUGACGAGGACGACUGUGGCGUUGUGGUGAAGGACAGCACAUACCGCUCUCACCUGCCGCCACGGGGCCCGCAGGAUACCACGCUGCUGCUCACGCCCUCCAUAACCCUCACGCGCAUCGCAAACAUCGACGACAUCAGGAUGACGCUCAACCUGGAGUUCUCCGUCAGCCCGACCUGGAGAGACGACAGGCUUGACUUCAAUCACCUGCACUCAGACUUUGACACGCUCAUCCAGGAGGAGGAGACCAAGGGCAUCUGGCUGCCGCGCGUGCUGCUGGUGAACCUGGAGGGCGGCGAGUCCAAAGUGCUGGACCAGACGGUGGUGGUGCGGACAGCCAACCAGCCCGUCCUGCCGCCCGUAGCCUCCGUCAAGAGAGACCUGGUGUACCCAGGGGACGUCAACAACAUCACCAUCAUCCAGCAGUACACGGCAACCUUCACAUGCCUGUUCGACCUGUACGUGUAUCCCUUCGACGUGCAGGAAUGCAGCAUCGACCUGCAGCUGCCGUGGACCUACGAGGGCAUCGUGGAGUUCUCGCGGGAGAGCGGCGACGCGUUGUACACGGGGCAGAGGAACCUGGCGCUGUACACGGUGAAGAAUGUGAAGUUCAGGCCACAGGAGGGUCCUAAUAAGCUGAGUCUCAAGCUGGAGCUGCACCGUCGCCAGGGUGUAGUGCUGCUGUCCACCUUUGUGCCGUCAGUCCUGAUCCUGGCGGUGAGCUGGUCCACGCUUUUCGUCAAGAUGGAGAUUCUCAACGUGCGCGCCAUCAUGUCCCUCACGUCACUGCUCGUCCUGUACACACUCUUCGCUAACUUCUCCAGCACUAUGCCCAACACCGCCGCCAUCAAGCUCAUCGACGUGUGGUUCUUCUUCAUCAUCUUCCUCCUCUUCUGUAACAUCAUGAUGCACAUUUUCGUCACCUACGCCGCUAACCGCAUGGCGCCCAAACCUGCACCAGAGAAGGGCAUGCUCAAAGUGUCUCCCUUCCAGGCGUUCAGCGAGAAACAGGUGGAGUUCUCGAGUCAGAAGGUCAAGUUCUCCGCUCAAAAGGUCAUGAGCACGUACCGCCUCUUCGUGUUGCCGCCUGUCUUCCUCUUCUUCACCAUCUGCUUCUGUCUCGUUGUCUAUCUAGAGCGGCGGAGGAUCGGGAUGGUGUGACGGACGCUAAGACUCACGCCCUUCACAUCCAAACACACUAUUACGAGUCUCCUCACGUUAUUAUUAUCCAUUCCAUCCUCUCUGACUCUCAUCCCUUGUAGUUCUAACGCAAUACUAUCUUUCCAUCUCACUCUCCGUCUUCCCUGCCUUCUUCUACUGCUCUUAAGAUUCCAUUCAUACAAAGCUAAAAAAAAUUCAGCAUCUGUUUACCAUCUUCCGUCUCAUUGUGUAUCUAGAGAGGCGCAGGAUCGGGUAGGUCGUAGUAGUAGUAGUAGUAGUAGUAGUAGUAGUAGUAGUAGUAGUAGUAGUAGUAGUAGUAGUAGUAGUAGUAGUAGUAGUAGUAGUAGUAGUAGUAGUAGUAGUAGUAGUAGUAGUAGUAGUAGUAGUAGUAGUAGUAGUAGUAGUAGCAGCAGUAGUAGUAGUAGUAGUAGUAGAUCACAUGAAAAAAGCAAGGAGGAAAAAUGAUAUGUAGCAAUUGUUACUAAUGACGUUAUUGUAACAGAAGUAGAAGUAGUAGCAGUAUUAGUAGUAGUAACAGAAGUAACAGUAAUAGCCCUACCUGUCUCUAAUUACUCCACUUAACACUGUAUGAGUUUGUCAAGGAGAGGGAAGGAGAGGACAGGUGACUCCCCCUAUGUAAGCCUCCUCCAUCCAGACACAAACACACGAUUGCUUCAGAGGUUUUAAUCGUACAAAACUCAACAAUACAAAACACAAGCACAGGCAUCUUCUGAUCUACGCCAUGCAACUUCAGGUUGAUGAUGAUGAUAGUGGUUGUGGUGGUGGUGGUGGUGACGCGCUUUUUAGCAUUCACUAUUAAAUCAAAUCGUGUUAGUUUAGCGUUCCAAAGAGGAAAAAAAAUGUAAAUAACGGCCAGGAAUAUAUUUCUAAUCGAUAUGGUUUUAUUUCUCUACAACGUAAGGGUGGAAUCGAGAAGUGUUGUUGGCAUCUAUGCUUAGAAAUGAUGUAUUAAGAAAGACUUCAUGUACUUAAGCAUCAACUGUGUGAAUACUGUAAUAAAAAGACUUUCCCACGUCAAUGAAACGCAGAAUAU